AAAGUUUAGUAAUCCUUUGUGAUGUCGCGCAGUGACGUACUCGUCUAUGUUUUAUUUCAUACAGUGGCUAUAUAUAGUGUAUCGGAGGGGUUCAACAGACUGAACCUAGUCACAUCAGUCGACCAAUAUAUGAAUUUAUGUCUUGAUGGAAAAUAUCACAAGGACAGACCAACUAUAGAAACUGGAUUGAAUAAAUCAGUUUGCAACUCAUGGGCAUCUUUAUCUUGUUGCAGUUCUAUGAAUUUCAAUAAUGCAUCAAGUACAAGUCUUUACAGUUUUACUCACUCACAUUGUGGUAACAUGAGUGAAAAGUGUCAGCAAGUAUUCAUAAAUGAUCUGUGCUUCUACCAAUGUUCCCCAAACCUUGGUCCUUGGCUUGUCAAAGUCACAAGAAAAAUUAGCAGCGAAAGAAUGUAUCACGUUCCUCUGUGUCAAUCUGAAUGUAAUUACUGGUGGGAUUCUUGCAAGAGUGAUAGCACGUGUGUGACCAAUUGGCACACACAUUUUAAUUGGUCAACUGGAACAAACGUGUGUCCACAAUCGAGUUCUUGUAGUACCAUUCAGUCAAUAUUCAAAGAUGCCAAAACGUUUUGUGAAUCAAUAUGGGAUGAUGGAUUCAAGGUAGUACCGGACAACGAAAAUUCUGGUUGCAUGGUGUUCAACGAGAGAUCAGGAGUCUCUAUCAUAGAGAACAACAGAAUAGUAGCUCAAAGAAGGGCCACGGAAAUAAUUGGUCUUCUAAAUGGCACUUGUAGAUCUUCAAUAAUGAACACAUUAUUGCUGCUACCUUUGUUAUUUGUAAUGAUCGGACACCUAUAAUGAACCUUCACCUGCACAAAUGAGAUAGGACUUGAUCGUUAUGGUUGAAUGAAGAUUAUUCGGGCACUUUUUAAUUUAAUUUCAGAAAUAUUUUAUAAAAUAUAGCGGAGUAUUUUUGACGAAUAA